AUGAUUCCGAGUCCUUACGGUCUGGACCGCGACAGACCGUUCGUCAGACUCCGGUUCACCACCUUCAUUACUGGCACUGUUGCCCUGCCAUUGUUGGGCUUGACCUCCUGCAUUUUUGUCUCGUGUUUCUUUCACUUUGAGAAUGCCAUGGAAACCCACUGCCAGGUUCCUAACUACCUGCCCUCCAUCAGCGCUUCCAUAGGACUGACACCUGAGCGCUACAUCUGGCGCUUCUGCAUCGGAUUGCACUGCGCGCCUCGGUUCUUUGUGGCGGUGGCGUACUUCAACUUCUACCGCAGAAGCUUCACCAAAAACGUUGUGGCGACGCUGCUUUGCUACCUUGGCCUAAUCUGUGCCUUCAGUGAAAACAUUGGCCUGCUGCUGCUCACCUACGUGUCCUCGAAUGAGACGUACACCAUCCAUAAGAAGGGUUUCAUGGUGUUCGUCGGCAGUGCACUGGUACACAUGGGGAUCACCUGCUGGCUGUGGAACGUCAUCAAGAUGCAUUCAGGGGGGCGUGAGCUGCUGAGGUCGUACCGGUGGAAGAAGCGGCUGUGCGUCUCCAGCGUCAUUCUGUGCACAGCGGCCGGCGCCUUUUUCUGGAGGCACAACAAGUACUGCGAGGCAGGAAUCUACACACUUUUUGCUCUCUGUGAGUACCUGAUGGUGCUCUGCAACAUGGCCUUCCACCUGACAGCCUUCUGGGACUUUGGGCACACGGAUGUAAUGAUCGCCACCCCGCCAGAGGAGAAGCGCUUCUGACCAGGGGAACGGAGGGGCUGGGCCUUGUGGGAACCGUUUUGGGGAAGGGGAGGGGCCGGGCCAGCCCAGCGACACUGAGGCAUUCCCCCCUUCCCAUUGCAAUGGUGUACAUUUCAUUUCCCGGUCUGCGUCAGUGAUGUCACAGUCAGUACCGUAAAAGUCAGAGCUCACCUUUUUAUUUUACGGGUUAGUCCACAGGACAUCUGUGCAGAUCGUAUGUCCCGAGGCAGGGCGAGCUCAGAUUUUAUACUUUCCUUCUCUUCUGCCUCGCGGUCUCCCCUGCAUCUUAUGACACUACCUCUCCAGUUUCUCCAUCUAUUCGGAUUGUUCUCGUCUCCCAUUAAAUAAACGCACGCGUGUCUGCUUUAUCUUGCUCACAAACGUCCCUUCCUGAUCCCUAGCUGACCUCGAGCCCCUUUCCUGAACGGGGGCCCAGUAUCUGGUGACUGCAAAAUCAAGUGCCUAUCUCUUCCAGUCAUAGACUUUUCUCUACCAAAGAUUUCACGUGUAAUAUGCAAAGUUAUGGUGUCGGAACUUCAGGUGUUCUUGUUUUUUUAUUUUUUUUAAAUCAUGUACCCUGUUAACCUCAGUAAAUACUUUCAUUGGUG